AUGUCAGGGUUUGACAGCUUUAAUAUGGAUUCCUACCAGAUCAGUUACAGCAUCAAUGACCAAACACAGCGGUAUUAUGAUUAUUCUGGAGGGGGACCAUACAGCAAACAGUAUAUAAGCUAUGACUACACUCAACAAGGCAGAUUUGUCCCUCCAGACAUGAUGCAACCACAGAAGUCUUAUACUGGACAAAUUUUCCAGCCAUCACAGGCAUAUAUUCCAUCUAUGCCACAGUCAUUCUAUGGAAACAACUUUGAGGAUGAGGCACCUUUAUCAGAAGAAUUAGGAAUCAAUUUUGAUCACAUCUGGCAGAAAACACUAACAGUGCUGCACCCAUUAAAAGUAGCAGAUGGAAGCAUCAUGAAUGAAACUGAUUUGGCAAGACCAAUGGUUUUCUGUCUAGCCUUUGGAGCCACAUUGUUACUGGCUGGUAAAAUUAAGUUUGAAUAUAUAUACAGGAUCAGUGCAGUUGGAUGUCUAGGAAUGUUUCAUCUCUUAAACUUAAUGAGUAUGACAGGUGUCUCAUUUGGUUGUGUCGCUAGUGUACUUGGAUAUUGCCUCCUUCCAAUGAUCCUACUUUCCAGCUUUGUGGUUAUAUUUUCUCUGCAAGGAAUGGUGGGAAUUAUUCUCACUGCUGGUAUUAUGGGAUGGUGCAGUUUCUCUGCUUCCAAAAUUUUCAUUUCUGCUUUAGCCAUGGAAGAACAGCAACUUCUAGUAGAAUAUCCUUGUGCUUUGUUAUGUGGAGUCUUUGCCCUUAUUUCCAUUUUUUGA